AUGGAGGAACAGAGACGUUCAAAUCUUGAUGAUCUUCCGUACGUUGUGCUGCAGCAUAUUUCUCAUUAUUUAUCUAUGGGGGAUAUUUUCAGUUUGAGCUUAAUUAACAAGAGGUUGAGACAGGAAGUUGUACCAAUAUUCAGGCAGAGAUCCAUAAAAUUUAAGAAGUCGGAAAGGUUGCGUUGGUAAGCAUGUUCUUCAAGGGUAUUUUUUUUAACUUUAAUAUUAUGACAAUGCACCAUCUCUGGUCAAAAAUGAGCGGUUUUAAAAGAUUUUUGAAAUUUUUCAUCACCCGUCUUCUCCUGGGCGAAAAUUAUUUUAAAAAAGAUUUUUAAAAAAAUAAAUUUAGGUACGAAGAAUGUCAAAUAGAUUUUGAUGGACGAUACGGCCAUGCUAUGUGUUACCAUGAGUCCCAAAAUCGCAUUUAUGUUUUUGGUGGGGUUUCCGCCAAUCGAGAGCUUUUGGAUGAUUUGUAUUACUUUUGUAUGGUAAGAUUUUGA